AUGUCCACUUCAAACAUCAAAAUUUUCAAUUCUGACAUUAUUAGCUUGAGAAAAGAAUGUGGAGCAUCCAAGACUGCUCAAUGGGUUUUUGAAAACUCACAAAACUGCAAUUUUACCUCCACUAAGGUAGCAGUUUCAAGGCUAUGGACUCAGUAUGUGAAGCUUAGAAAGACAUAUGGUCUGAAUGAGGGAAGUAAAUUCAAAGAAUUCCUGGAUACGGAAUUUGUUCCACCUAAGAUGUCUAAAAAAAAUCAAAGUCUUGUCACAGAGAAAUCAAGAUUAGAAUCAGUUAUGUCAAAACAAAAUUCCAGCAUACAAUGUAUAAGCAGUUAUUCAGACGAAGUAACGAAGAAAAAGGAAAUUCUUCGCGAGAAGUUAAAUGAUUCAAAGCAAGAAACCAAACGAACAAAAAGAAGAGAAGAAUACUGGAAAACGAAAUGUACCCGCUUAGAAACUUCAGCAGAUUCAUCUGUAGAGGAAUGUCGCAAAUCCAUAAGCGAAUUACAAGACGAAAAUGAUGACCUCAACGAUGUUGUCAGAGAACUAAGGAAAACAUUAAAGGAGAAAGAGGAGGAAAUUUCAGCAAUGUCUGAGCUAUUACAAGAAGCAAAGGAAAAUGAUGUGAUUCGCUUGUUUAAUAAAAAAGAGAAAACCUUCACACCUCAGCUUCAUCUAUGUGUAUACAGUCUUCUUGAACACAAUGUUCCUGCUACCCAAAUUGGACCAACCAUUGAGGCGUGUUUAAAAUUGGCAGGGAAAAAAGCUGAUCAUCUUCCAUGUCAAUCAACUAUCGCAAAUAUGAACAUACAACGUCUUUCACUCGCUAAAAAACAACUAGAAGAAAUGUUACCCGAGAAAAGGAAUACUACGUUACAUACAGAUGAAACUUCGAAAUAUGGCCUAAAGUAUGGUGGGUUCUCGCUUCGCGACGAAGAGGGAUCAUAUUUUGUUUUAGGACUGCGUGAAAUGGCAACCAAGUCAGCAGAGAAUACUUUAGACAAAUUUAAACAUAUUUUAGAGGAUAUAUCUGAUGCAAACAAUAAAACUCUUGAAAAUAGCGGGAACAAAAUUUUGGGCAACAUACAAAACACAAUGAGUGAUAGAGCAGCAACUGAAUUAAAAUUCAACGAACUACUAGAGAUAUACAGACAGAGUCUUCUUCCACAAAUACGAAAAGAUUACGACACUUUAGAUAUUGAUGGGAAAGAAGCAGUCAAUAGACUGAAUAACUUUUUUUGCGGUCUUCAUGGACUAGUUCACAUGGCCAAUGCUGCCCAAAAAUGUUUGUUCGAAACAGAGAAGGGAAUUUUCAAGAGGACCCACCAAUCUAUCAGGAGGGAUUUUCUAAAGAAGGGGAGUCAGGUUGCUUUCGAUUGAUUCGAAAUGCAUGCAAAGCUUUUGCUAGGCGCGGAGAUGAAAAAAGUGGGUGUUUUGGGAGUUUUAGAACAUACAUGCAGCCAUUUCUUCAGCACAAUGGUAUCAUAUCCCUUCCAUUACAGCCGUUUAAGGGAAAUAGGUUCAAUAUUUUGUUUCAAAAUGCAGCUUGUAUAUUUUAUCUCCAUUCUCACAUGAUUGAUUUUCUUGAAAAAUCAUGCAUCGAGAGUAAGAGACUCCUUAUGUCUGUACUUGCGGAUCUUAAGGUUUCAUUUUAUGUCGCAGGAUUGAAAGCUUUAGGUCUUGUUGCAAAAUUGAUCACAACUCCUUUAUGGAAUCUGCUUGAAAGCAGAGAACUCUCUAUUGAAAGUAUGUCUUACCACUACCUUCGUUUAUCAACGUAUUUAACAGAUGCUUGUCAAAAUUUGCCAGAAUUUAUAAAGGGAAA